UUUCCCGGGAGACAGAAAGAUGGGAGUGAGAGGGGGGCGAUGGAGAAAUCGCGUCAGCCUUCUUCGCCAGGAAUCUCUCCAGUCUCAAUCUCAGAUUCCAUAGAAGAGCUCUUGAAAUUCCUCCUCUCAGCUUCCGCCAACGAAACCCUAGAAAUAGAUCUUGGGCUUUCCAAUGCCUACUGCUCUUAUCUCCUCACACCAGAACCAGACCACGGCAGUUAUCACGAUGCAGUUGAUGCUCUGCAGACUUCUGGAGGAGUCCCAUUAUACCCUCUGUACAAGCAUCUGGCAUCAACUUUGCACUCAUGUAUAACUUCUGGAGCUUUUUGGAGAACAUCUAACACAAUUACCUCAAUUCAGGAAGAUGAAUGCUUGAAGCAGAAAGAGAAUGAGUGGAGUAAGCUGAUUGCAUCUGAGGGAACAGAAUUGGUAAAGAUGUUGAAGGUGGUAGAUUUUGAGCUUCAUGUCCAAGAACCAUUUUUUACCCAGCUAAGAGUUGGCCUGAAAACAAUUGAAGGGAGGUGUGCUGUUGGUGAUUAUAAUCGAAUUGGCCCGGGUGCUUUUCUUCUCAUCAACAAAUGUCUGCUGCUUGAAGUUCAGAAUGUCAAAUGGUAUGCUUCUUUUUCUGAGAUGAUGGAAGCAGCGAGUCUCACUAGAGUUCUUCCUGGAGUUGAAACAAUUGAAGAAGGUGUACAAAUCUACCGGAAGUUUUACACAGAAGAGAAGGAAAAAUCGAAUGGCGUUCUUGCAAUUUGUGUUUCAAGAUCGGCUGUUCAACCAUACAUUUCAAUGGCCAACAUAGUUCAUGGUUUGAGUUAUAAUGGCAUCGGGAGUCUUAUGGGUUUGAUGCAUACGGCGGGAACAGUUUUAGAUUCACUUCCUCCAUCACGAUCGACUCUCCUGUCAUCAUUUAUGAUGCCUAAUCAGCCAAAUGUUAAAGGUAGCACCUUAACUGAUGGAGCAAGGGCCUUAGCUAAGCAUGUUAACAGGAGCAGCGAUGGCUGGUGGGGUAAUUUUGGUGGAAAUGAUUCUGAUAAAAACAGACUCGCCCUAAAUUUAAUCAGCCGCUUAAUUACUCAUUGUUGCUGGAUGAAUACGUAUGUAAUUCAACCCCACGACUGUGUCUUUGAGAUAAGGGUCGUUGAAGGUUACGGUGCACGGUGGUCUAAAGAUGGUUCAAAGUUCAUUGGGUUUCUGGAGCCAUACACGAAGGAUGGCCAUUUAAAGGGAUGGAAGCAUUAGGCAUCUGUUGUACUAUUUUCAUAUGUGAAAAGCAUCUAAUGUCAAGGAAAGACUUUCUUUCUAAAUUAUACUGUGUGGAAGAAGGUGAUGGCCCUCCAGUGGGCCCCACCAUAGCUUGGAAAUGAACGGUUAAAAUAAAUGACUGACAUAUCAUGGUCAGUGACCAGAA